AUGAAGCCCCGGAUCCCCUCACCUCGAGUUCUCCUACGGUGCUCGUCCCUUCACGCCAGGACUACGCUCGCACGCGUGGUCCCUCGUGCGAUCCCUCGCCGCUCUCUGUCCUCAUCCUCGUCCUCCCUGCCCGCGACGCACAACACCCCUCUACACCAACUAUUCGACGUACCCCUCAACUCCUACGCCUCCUCUCCCACCUAUUCCUCCAAUCCAACCGGUCUAUUCCUCCAACCGGUACUCACAACCCCGUCUUCCUUCCCCGUUCUAGCGCAUCGCACGACCCUGCGCGCACAAAUCCUCGUCCAACGAAUCUGCGACCCUUCAACCUACGCCCAAACGACCGUCCAAGACCUCGCCCAAGCCGAACAUGCCUUCUUGGCGAUGGUCAAAGAUCUCGAUCGAUUGAGCGACCUCUUGUGCGGGGUGAUUGAUUUGGCCGAAUUGGUGAGGAACGUUCAUCCCCAGGAAGAGUGGAGGUCGGAGGCGAAUGAGGCGUAUGAAGGGUUGUAUGCGUAUAUGAACGAGUUGAACACACAUGUUGGACUCUAUCAGGUGAGUUAAAAUGUGUUGACUUUGGGAGCAAAGGCAUGAGCUGUUCACGCUGAAAGACUACUUCAGGGCCUCAAAUCACUUCACUCGCUCCUCCCUGCGACGACCCCUCAAAAAUCACCUGAACUCUUCGCCGCUUAUGCAGUCGCCACGCCUUUCUUACGUGAUUUCGAAAAAUCAGGCAUACACCUCCCGUCUCUCCAACGUACAAAGUUCGUCGACCUCUCAACGGAGAUCUUGCAAUUGGGGAGGAAAUUCUUGAUCAAUGCCGGUGAACCUAGGGAGGGCGUUCAAGUGGGCUUCAAGGAGGUGGAGGAGGGGUUCGGGAACGCUUUUGCACGGAGGAUCUUUGGUGAAGAAGCUCAAGGGAAUGCGGUUGGAUUCGUUGAUCCGAUCAGUUGGGAAGGUCGCGUUCUCGCUCGACAACACCCUUCCUCUGAAUUGAGGAAACGGCUCUACCUCGCCACGCACCGAGCGCCAGAUCAGAGUCAUCUAGAAACGUUGGACAACCUCUUGAUCAAACGGGGUGAAUUGGCGAGGUUGGUGGGCAGGGACUCAUGGGGUCAAACCGUAUUGGAGGACAAGAUGGCCCAAGAUCCCGAGAACGUCAUGGGCUUCCUGGACGCUUUGGAUGCGCAUAACCGACCUUUGGCGCAAAAGGAUCUCAAGAGGUUGCAGGAUCUUAAACGACAGAUCGAAGGAGGUGAAGGAAGGAUCGAUGCGUGGGAUCGGGACUUUUAUUCAGACCUCGUCAACCAAAGACCUUCACCGAUCCCGGAUUUGGCACCCUUCUUCUCCGUCGGGAGUUGCUUUUCCGGCCUCUCCAAGCUCUUUGAACGUAUUUAUGGGAUACGGUUCGAACCCGAGGAAAUGCGACAAGGGGAAGGAUGGGAUCCGAGUGUUAGGAAAUUGCGCGUUGUCGAUGAUCAGGAAGGGGAGAUUGGGACCAUCUACUGCGAUCUCUUUGCGAGGGAGGGGAAACAACCUGGAGCGGCGCAUUAUACCGUGAGGUGUUCGAGGAGGGUCGAUGAUGAUCGACGUGAUGUGGAUUUCGGGGGCAGGGAAUUUGUCGACCUUCUUGCAGGGGAGAGGGUGUACAAAGCUCAAGCGGAGGAAGGUUUGUUGGACGUCCCGACCGUCGAAUGGAAUGGGAGGGAAGGGAGGUAUCAACCGCCUAUCGUGGUGUUGGUGUGCGCGUUUGGUAUGGAAGGGGAGUGGCAAAAGGCGACGAGGACUUGUCUGCAGUGGCACGAGGUCGAAACGCUGUUCCAUGAGAUGGGCCACGCGAUUCACUGUGAGUUCUCGAUCCGCGGAAGGGCAUGGUAUCUCUCGGCCGAAGAGAUCACUCAUCGUUCGUUGGAAAUGAUGUCAAUGUUCACAGCCAUGAUCGGUAGAACCUCUUACCACAACGUUUCCGGUACCCGCUGCGCAACCGAUUUCGUCGAGUUCCCUUCGAUCCUGAUGGAACACUUCAUCACGUCCCCUUCCGUGCUCGACCUCUUCGCACAUCACCCUGCCUCCGGUCGACCUAUUCCUCGUUCGAUCCUAAAUCAGAUGUUGGUCGAUCGCUCGACCUUCUCGGCGUUGGAAACGACAAGUCAAAUCAUGAUGGCCGCAUUGGACCAACGUUACCACUCGGGUAUCGUAAAAGCCGGUUUUUCCUCCCGCGAUGAACUCGCUACAGUAAUGAAGCGGUACCACGUCCUACCACCACCUUCGGACGCUCAAGCCGAUUGGCACCUUACGUUCGGUCAUCUCUUUGGCUACGGAGCGACGUACUAUUCCUACCUGUUCGAUCGGGCGAUAGCGGCCAAAGUGUUUGGGCAAAAGUUCGCGGAGGAUCCUUUGAAUCGGGAGAACGGGGAGGAGUUGAAGAAAAGUGUGUUGAGGUGGGGUGGGGGGAAAGAACCCUGGGAGAUGAUUGGGGAGUUGGUAGGGGAGGAGGAGGUGAUGAGGGGUGGAAAGAGAGGGAUGGUCGAGGUCGGGAGGUGGGGCAUCGAGGAGGCCAAACAAGGCAAGUAG